GAUUAACCUUCAUAUUUUUAGCAAAUCGAGUAACGUUGUUAAAACGCCCACUGGUUGGAAAACGAAGACACCUGAAACUACUCAAACCUGCGACUCGUUUAGGGAAGGGACGUUUGUUCAUUGUCCAACAAAUGAGAUGCUCCUUUGCAAGAUCCAUGAAAGUGAACGAGUUAAGAGAAUUAAAAAAAAAAAGGUUUGUUCAAAUAACCGAUUCGCUCACCACCACAAGGAUUCACUCAAAACUCUUGCACGAAAGAAACGCCACAUUGGAGCUGCUUCAGCGUUUCUCCGUUAGGUUUUCUCACAUUCUGGCGUGCUCUCUGAUUCCAUGUCAAGGUAGAGCUCAAACUAGUGAUCUCUGCCAGAUUAUUCAUUAUGUUUUAAUAUGAACCAUUCCAUAACGGAUUUGAGCUGCCUUUCUCUUUAAUUCUGCUGAACACUUUAUUGCGGAGCCCCCACAAAAUGUUGGAGGGCGGGCCGCGCAGCAGCAGCGCAGUGAGUUGUCAAAAUCUUGUGGAGGUGACGCCGAGGGUCCACAACGCCCACUAAAGUAAAUUGGUGUGGUUUGCCUCGCGAGGGAUUAUUUAUUAUCAUCAGCGUUGCGAUUGUGGUCGUCUUUUUGAAUUGAGCUGAAUGAUAAUGCAGCGAUUUCGCUUUCUUCAACUUCGGGCGGCGGACAGGCGCAAGGGCGCGAGCAGUGCAUAGAUAUCCAAUGCGCAAGUGUCAUUCUGUUGGAUAAGCCCAAACAACUGCGUCUCCAUCUGCACCGGGAUGCCUCUAAUCAGCCUGGACGACGAUGAUCAGAGAUGGGUCCCGACGCAUGUCAACGUGACCGUGCUUCGCGCGAGGGGUCUGCGGUCGAAGGGCAAGCAAGGCAGCCGCUAUGUUUACACUAUCAUCCAGGUCGGCAAGGAGAAGUACACCACCGGCCUGGUGGAGAAGGCUGAGGAGCCGCAGUGGAACGAGGAGUGCUCGUUUGAGCUCCAGCCCGGGCUGCUGGAAGCGGGUGGGACGAGCGCGUACCCGCCCGGGAGCAGCAACCUGGUGCUCACCGUGAUGCAUAGAGUGCUGAUCGGUCUGGACGUGUUUCUCGGACAAACUAUUGUUCCUCUCGACAGAGUUUUCCAGGAAGGAAUGUGUCCUAGAAAUGAGUGGUUCAAGCUACACUCCAAGGCUGGUCGAAAGGAGAAAGAGCGAGGAGAGCUGCAGGUCACUAUCCAGUUCACCCGCAACAACAUGACCGCUAGUAUGUACGACUUGACCGUAAAGGACAAGCCUCGUUCUGCAUUUGGGAAACUGAAGGACCGCGUCACAGGAAAAAAGCGAGGAGAUAUGGAGUCCUCCUCUGCCAUUUUACCCGGCCGCUACGCUGCCAUAUCAGGGUCCGUAGGCCCUCCGUUUGCAGGAGAUGGUGGACCCGAUGAUCCAGGCGAGGAAGAGGUGCUCGAUGAACACCGAAACAAGGUGAAAGACUUCUUCUUUAAAGGGAAACUUCGCAAGAAUUCAGACACACGGUCCUGUUCAUCACUGGCUUCAGACAGUAGCAUGGCAUCGUCCGCUGGGGAUCCAUUCAUCCCAGUAGAGCUUUCCAGAACACCUGUCUACAGCAGCAGAGUGAUGGAGCCCUUCCGUAUGGACACUGAAGCAGGGAUAAAAGAUGAAAUAAAUUUGGAACGACAUGGGGUGAUGACCCACAAGCGUGCACACAGUGAUGAAGCCAGUAAGAUCACGGGUGUUCCUCAUCUAAUCCCUGCUGUGGAAAACCUAAAAGGUCAGAGCAUGGCGCUCUCCAAAUCAACCCUCUGCAUCAACGGUAGCCAUAUCUACUCAUCCGAGCCUGCAAGCCCCAAGAGUCCAAGCACCAUCCCGGCCAAGCUCUCCCUGCUGGAGAAAUGCGCACCCCUUUCCCGCUCUCUCCAGAACCUGACCCGACGUGGCGAGGACUCGCAGAAGAGCGACGGGAGACGCUGGUCCAUUGAAAAGACCAAGAAGGAGGACGGGGAGAUGGAUGGAGCUCAGAGUCAGACCCAUGGGGCCGCCACUCCAGAGGGGAAGCCAGUGCAGGCCGCUGGACCCGUGGAAGUGGUGGAUAAAGGGAAAAAGCUGAGGAAAACUCUGUUUUCUAGUGGGAGGAGUGACUCUCUCCCAGCCAAGCCGGAGCAGAGCCAGAUUUCUGCUCCUCUUGAGGGCAGACGCAGAGGAUGGUUUGGCUCCGGUGACUCGCAGAACAAGCCAAGGCUGGGAGUCUCUCCUAAGGUAGAGAGCAGCUCAGACACCCCCUGUCAGAUCCCUUUCUUCCCCAGUCAGCCCCCAUGCUCUCUUCCCCUCAGUUGCACUACUGGCUUGGUGUCUCCCCCUAGUGGCAAUCACACCAACCCAUUCACCCACUCUUCCCCAACACCCCCUUCCAUCUCUCCCUCCAACCCAUUCCUCACGCGACUACAGCAAAACCCUUUUUUUGAGGAUCUUAUAGCCGAGGAAGCACUGACGUCUCCGACUGCUGGUUACUGUUCUCUAAAUUCCAGUCUUUAUCAUUAUCCAGUCGGAUCCAGUCCCCUCCGUAAUGGAGUGUCGAACAAAAUGUCCGCAAUAAAGCGGGAAAGACCCAGGAGUAUGUCCAGGCAGAGGUCUCUUCCGACCAUGAUGCUUGAGAACCCAGAAGCAAACUCAAACAUUAAUCCGAACCACUCUCUGUCUGAGAGGGCUGGGGAAUGGGAUGAUUUUGAAGCAUUUGCCUCAAGCCGUCUCAAAUCACCAAGUGGAACUCCAACAAGACCUCCAUCAGCACUGUUUCUUUCACAGGAACCAAAUACAAACCAGAUGGUGUUUGUAAAUGAUAAAGCGAUUGGUUUAAGAGUUGGCGAAGUUGAUAUGGGUAUUUCAAAGCCAUGGGAUCUGCCUCCUCUACCACCACGUAAACCCAUGAGAACCCAAGCGAUCACAAUGGACAGCUGGUUAGAGAGAGCCCAGGAGCUGGCUGUGCAGAAAGAGGCCUGCUUUCUCUCCCAGACUGACUUUGCCUCCCUUCAGCGUGUGAGAGACAGAGACUUGAAGAGGAGCUCUCAGAUUGUAUGUGCAGAUAAAGAGUUGCAUCACAUUUCUUCAGUAGGGUAUAACAAGAUGGAAGCAGAGUUGAACAGUGAUAUCAAACUGAACCAAUUCAUGUUUGAGGAAGCUACAGGGCAAGAUUUCCCUACAAACAAUGCUUGUGGCUCUCCAAAUGGUUUCGGUGAAGAUGCACUUGGAAGCUCUGAAUGCGAGAACACGGUACCUGAAACACUUUGUUUUCCGUCUGAUUGGGAAACCACAGUGACGGAAUCACUUUGCAGUUCACCUCAGACCCAACUCAAACACGAUUCAGAAUUGUCCUGUGAAGUAAAGGUCUCCAAUGAGCAACAACUACAGACUAAAACCAAUGGCAUUGGUUUGUUGACCCUCUCCCCUAGAGAUUCGAACAACAAUACAGAUAUUACUUCUGAGUUUGCUUUCAUUGAUUCUGAAAGUUCACAUUCGGACUUGCAACCACCUUUUGAAAUGAAUAAAGAAGUUGAAGCAUCCAAGGUUUCUUCACAUUUGCACUCUGGCUUACCUGAGGAUAUAUCAUCCAGAAUGGCAUCUGAGUUGAAGAUGUUUUCACCAAGGAACACUCCUAAUGAUAACACAACACAUUUGUCUGACUCGCAAAACCAUAACCAUUGCUCAUCACCUUUUGAGAGAUCUCGUGAAGGACUGGAAGGACAAAAAACCGACCCCUGUGAACACCAGAACACCGCUUCAAAGUGUAACUGUGACUCUCAAGACGUGGCUGAUGUUCUCCUCAGAAACGACAUCACUGUGAUCACUCAAACAUUCUCCAGCACUGUGACAACUCAAAUCCAACCAGAGAUGGUGGAAGACAGUUGCAUCUUACUCACUACGCCUAAUGAGCCUACUGUUAAUUUAACAGAAGGUAACCUAAACUCUGAAGUCUGCUUCUCAAAGAAAAACGAGGUCACGUUGGAUGAACAAAUCAGCUUUGAGGACUUGCAUGCUAGAGUAGCUCCAAGAAAUUCCAGAAGCCCCUAUUCAACAGAAGUCAGAUCAGCCCGCAUCAGACCACACUCAACCACAAGCUCACCCAAAACUGUCUCCUGUGCUGACUCGAUCCCAGGCUCUAAUAAUCCUGCAUCAGACCUCAUUUUGCAUGAUCUUUCCUCUUCACCCACCCCAUUAGCUGGUACUAAUUCCUGUCUCCGCCUUGACCCUUCCCUUCCGGCAAAGCCCCCAAACGAGAUGCCCAGCAUGAGUUCCACAUGCUCCUACACAGCCCAGUCCCACGUUGAUGCACCGCUCUCCCUCUCACCUGAGGAGACACAGCCAGCAAACGUCCUCCUGCCCCAUGAGGAGAGCAGCCCUCACCCAGUGAAGCCCUUGACAAACACGACUGUGCAGGGAGAGAAGAAACCUGAAAGCCGCUCAGUUCUGGAAAAACUCAAGUCCACCAUUAACCCUGGAAGAUCUGCACCAGUAACCACUGCUGAGGAUGAGCAAAACCAGCUGGCUUUGAUUGAGGCCCGGGCUCAGUAUCAGAACAUGACCAACAUGGAGCUGAUAGCUCUGCUGCUUCAGCAGGAAAUGGACGUCAAGAAGCAGCGAGCUGCAACUGAGGUGCAGGAGGCAUUAUUGGAGAAACGUGAGGCCGAACUGAAGAAGAUGAAGGUUCAGGUCAGAGACCUGGAGGACUACAUUGACAAGCUGCUGGUGCGCAUUAUGGAACAGACACCCACCCUGCUGCAGGUACGCGCAAGACCAAAAUGACUACGGUGACCCGCUCCGUUCUGAAAACACUAUUGAUCUAAAGCCAUUUGUGAUGCUCCAUUAAAUUUCAAAACUGCCAGAUUCACUUAGACACGAUAAAGCUUUGCAUGCUUUUUACUGGACUUCCAAAUCCACAGUCAUUGACGUUUAGCAUACUACUAGUCAUUAUAUGAGCACAAGACAGUGGUUUAAAGUAAAAAAAAAAAAGGAUCUGCAAUAUUAAAUGUCUUCCUGUUCAUGAAUAUGCUAAUUUCCAUCAUAAGGAAUAAUAAGAUCUGGGAUCUUUACGCAUCGGUAUACCAAAAUGUUAUACAUAUUAAACAUAAAAAAAUAUCUCACGAAAGUUAUGAAUCUAAAAGAAACACUGACUUAUUUAAAUAUCACUUUAACACCCAUAAUUUGAAGUAAAAUAGAAUAAUAAAAUUAUACUAAAAAACUGAAAUUUCUUAUCUAUCUUUCAGUCCUCCAAACAUUUCCAAAUCUCGAGAAAAUAUUGUUUAUUUGACUACCCAUUGUAUUGAAACGAAUAUAUUACACUGUUCAGUAUGAAUCAAGAGAUUUAAAAACAUUAGUCGUAUUUAAUACAUAUGUAGCCUAAUACACCUUGUGUCAAAGUUGAUGUAAAAUAUUUCUUUCAAAAUAUUCUGUACUUGUAAAUAAAUGUUACUUCUUGAUAGCUUUAAAAGCACCUUAAUGCGCAUUAUGGAAAACCGUUGUGCUUGAGCCAGUCGACUUUGCCACACUGAAGCCGCUGAUAUCAGUGCAUGCUCACUUCCAUCAAGCACAAAAGCAGAGAUUGUUUCUGCAAACAUGUACGCUAUGCAAUAAAACAAACUGCUAAGCUGUAGCUUAAGUUGAUAUAUGCGCCACAAAAUAUAUUCAUGAAGCCUUAGCACUGCUGAAUACUUUGAUCAUCGCUAAAGUAGCAAAUUUAGUGAUAUGCAAAUGCAUAAGCUUUCUAAACCACAAAAGCAAUGUUUAUUUUUAAGUUAAAAAAAAGAUCUGUUUAUGUUGUAUUGCAUUGUAAUUUCAUUGUGUUGUUGUGGCUUUUUUCAAAUAUAUAUUCCGGUGGUGUCUUAUACCAUUGUUUUUGUUCCGUUUUUAAGGUUAAAGUGUGAGAUUUUUAUUCCGUAUUCAGUGUUUCCUCAUUUAUUCUUCUGAUGAAAACUAUGAGGUUUUGUCACACAAGAUCAUCAGUUCUAUGUCUCAGUAUUGGAUAUAAAGAAAGUACAGGGCUGCAGUUGAUUUUGUUGACUCGCUGCAAUCAAAUUUGUAUUUGUAUCAAGGAAAAUAAACAUUUUUAGUUCUAGUUAUACAGCCCUCAGUGUUCCCCUGUGUGUUUGAGGAAAAAACAUGUUGCACUGUGACUCUUCAUUUUUCUUUUUGAACACCAUAUUGCAAUGUGCCUCUGGAUUUUUCUUUUUUUUUUUUACAACAUUCACAUUUGUAAUUUCUUAUUUUAUUUAUUGCUAAUUAUUUCAAACAGCUUCAUUUUCAAAGUUAUUUGAAAAUAAAGUUAUAAAAUCAU